AUGCCCCGUGACAGCUUAACCAUCGGACUGACGGCCCAGAGUGAUAGCAGUGUGAAAAGUGAAAACACAGGGGGGGUCAACUUUAUGCCUGACGUGCAUGGAACUGUUUCUUUUCAGUCGAUCUGCCCGUCUACCGCUGACUCCCCCUGCCCGUCUACCGCUGGCUCCCCCUGCCCGUCUACCGCUGGCUCCCCCUGCCCGUCUACCGCUGGCUCCCUCUGCCCGUCUACCGCUGGCUCCCCCUGCCCGUCUACCGCUGGCUCCCCCUGCCCGUUUACCGCUGGCUCCCCCUGCCCGUUUACCGCUGGCUCCCCCUGCCCGUUUACCGCUGGCUCCCCCUGCCCGUUUACCGCUGGCUCCCCCUGCCCGUUUACCGCUGGCUCCCCCUGCCCGUUUACCGCUGUGACACUGUGCUUUCCGUCCCAUUAUUCCAGCGAGGACAGGAUGGAGGGAUUGCUUGACCAGUGGCUAUGGAAAGAGGAGUACUGGCUGCCUCCAGGGUUUACCUGGAAGGACAUAGAGAUGGAGGAGGGGGACCGGUACCCUCUACCCCAGGACCUGCUCUACACCCUGCUUCUGGCCCUGGGCUUCAUUGCCCUGCACUAUGUUUUUGAGCGGUGAGCUGGGUCACAUUCAUUUGGGCACG